UAUGGCAGAUGUCCUGAAAAGCCUCAACCUCCUGGAGAUGCUCAAAGAGUCCAUGGACACCAACAAGCUGUCCGAUGUUAAGGAUGCAGUUGAGGACCUUCUCAUCAGCAGGAUAAACAUUGGAGUUGUGGGCGACCGCUGCCUGGAGAAGACCAUCCUCCUCAACUCUUUACGGGGCCUUGGUGUUGAUGAUGAAGGGGCUGCUGUGUACCCAUCUACUGUUGGUACUGAAGAAGUUGUUGGAUACCCUGACCCCAAACAGACAGACUUCCGCUUAUGGGACCUACCUCCUGUCCCAACCAGCACACCCUUUGAACCAGAAUCAUAUAUGGACAAGUACAAGUUCAUGCGCUACAAUGCAGUAUUCAUGACCUUUGCAGAUGUCCUUCAAAGCAAUACUGUUACCAUCUUUUUGGAAGCGCGCUCACUUCAAAACAAAACUGUAUACUUUGUACAUUUGGUUUCUGACAAGAACAAGGCUCAAGAGGAUAAACGACAAGCGAAUUUGGAAGUUCUAACCUCUCAAGGCAUAGCAGUACCUAAAGUAUACAUUGUCAAUCCAUCUUGCUUGGAAAAAAUGGAUUUCCCUGCACUUUUAGAAGACAUGGGACAAGACCUACCAGAGAUCCGUGCCCAUGCCCUAUUAUUAGCACUGCCAGUAUUAAUACCAGCUCUAGUAACUCAGAAAAAGGAAGCAUUUAAAGCACUAGUCUGGGCCGCAGCAUCUCUCUCUGGUGGAAUGUCAACUCUCCCAGUUCCUUUUGUGGCCUCAAUGGUGGACUCAAGCAUUGGUGUCCGGAUUUUAAGCAAAGCACAGAUAUCUAUGUGCUUGGAUAACCAAUCUGUGGAAAGGCUUGCAAAAUUACGAGGCCUUGACCGAGACAGACUGAAAGCAUUGCGUACUUGUGUUUUAUCGGUGGAGGUCUCUAAAGGUGAGGUGAAAAAACGUCUUGCUGCAGCGGAGAAGGAUUUGUCCAGCAUUUCAUCGAGGAUAGUUCAGAUGGCCAUACCCAGACAGGCGCGUUCUGCCAGCAAGUCAUUCGCUGCCAUGCUCCAGGCUUUGAAUACAGCAAUAGAUGAGAUGGCGGAGGAUGCAGAGAAGAUUGUACAGGUGGUUCUGAUGGAGGGACAGUGA